AUGGCCUACAGGAAGGUGUGUGAUGCCCAGGGUGGCCCAUUAGUUGGUGAGGUUCUGCACUGCUCAGGAGCUCUGGAUCUUGACUGGGACCUGGACAAGGAGGAGCUGCAAGAACCAGGACCCAGCAUGGACCGUAUGCAGAUGCAACAUGUAGACUGCCAGAGAUCAGGGUGCUCAGACCCCGGCCCUGAUCCUGAUCCUGAGCUGAUGGAGCCAAUCCAGCAGUCCGUCUCUGUUUCCCCGCAUGGAAGAUUUGAACGUCUCCAGGAAGAUCCAAACUACAUCUCCCACUUCACUCGGGCCCCGGGCCAUAAAGGCCAACGAAGACUCCACUGCUUCCUGCUCAGAUAUUUCCUGGCAGGGGUUGGCCUUUUUGUCCUAGGACUCCUGAUUGGCUGGUUUGCCCACACCCCUACCGUCAAACCACCUGCUCCUCUGUCAGACAGCUCAGACCUGCUGGAGGACUUGCUGAGAGGAAUCACUGCAGACAAAAUAAAUGCUCUCCAGAGGUCUUUCUCCAGCCAAUCAGAUGACAGUGAAGAAGCCAGAGCCAAGUACCUCUACAGACAGUGGGUGGGACUCGGUUUGACUGACGUCCAUCUAACCAAUCACACAGUUCUGCUCAGUCUGCCUGGCUCCACACCCAACACCAUCACCGACAGGUCCAGUCACCAGUGUUUCCUGCCUAAUGGGAUCCCCUGUGACCAGCGCGGACCCAACGACCUUCCCAAGCAGCAGUUCUCCUACGCAGCCUACUCUGCUGUGGGGAGUGUGCAGGGGGAGGUGGUGGACGUCCAAUAUGGCAGCGUGGAUGACUUGAGGAGAGCAAAAGACAGCCUGAACCUCACCAACCAGAUUGCUGUGGUCAAGCUUGGCCAAGCACCUCUGCUGUACAAGCUCUCUCUGCUGUCUCAGCUGGGUUUUGGUGGUGUUUUGCUCUACAUUGACCCAUGUGAUGCUCCCCCUGGACGCCACACCUGGCACCAAGCCUUCAGAGUCACUCUGAACCCCGGAGGGAACCCUGCCAUUGCUGAUGUGUCACGAGAAGCUGGAGGAAGAAUGACAUCUCUAUUGGUUCAGCCCAUCUCUGCCUUCCUCGCAAAGACAUUACUGUCCUCUCCAUCCACGGGACAGGGAGACUCCUGCGUUCCUCUGGCCAUGCCUCCUAACACAGAACGAAAGAAGAUCACCCUGACCGUUGGAAACCAGCUGUCCUAUAAGAGAAUCUACAAUGUUGUGGGAUACCUGAAAGGAAGGAGGAACCCAGAUCGCUAUGUGCUUGUUGGCAGCCGUCAUGAUGGUGACCAGGGAGGCGGGGCUUCUGCUAUCAUGAAUCAGCUCAUUGCUGCACUGACGGAUCAGACCAAACAAGGCUGGGUGCCAGACCGAACCACCGUGUUCUGCUCUUGGGGAGGCUCGGCCCUGGGGAACAUCGGGUCCUUUGAGUGGGGAAAGGAUAACAGUGUUGUUCUAAGGAGCAGUGCCGUGGCCUACAUCAGUUUGAACUUUCCAGUCAGAGGAACAGAAACUCUGAGAGCAACAGCCUCCCCAACACUGCUGCAACUCACUUCAGACAUACAGAGAAGACAGUUGCUGAGCUGCAUCCGUGGUGGAAACUGCCCUGGACCCAAUGUCAGCUCACUUCAGUUGCCUGGAGAUGUGAAUUUCUUUGCCAAUCAGCUGGCUGUGCCCACGCUGGAGUUCGCCUUUGAACAGACUAAAGCAGAAGAGGCCACCAGUUUCCUGUCAGAGGCCCAGUUUUCUGCUGAGUCACCAGAAACCCUGGACCCUCUUUUCAAGUUCCACGAGACCAUCGCCAAGAUGACAGCAGAAGCCAUUCUUCGUCUGGUCAAUGAUCCUGUGCUGCCGUUCUACCCUCUGGACAUCGCCCUGGAUGUUCAAAACAAACUCAAAGACAAGAGCGUGGUAUCUCAGCCUCUGCUGUCAUCCGCCUCCUCCCUGAGAGACCACGCCGCUUUCUUUCAGUCUGAAACUAUGCGGCCUGCCAACGACCCGAAAGAGCGCGACCCCUCCCACGUGCGAAUGCUGAAUGAUGUUCUCCGUGACCUGGAGAAGAGCUUCAUCAUCCCACAGACACCGCCUGGAGUCUACAGAAACCUGUUAUACAGCCUCCCAGGAAAGACUCCACAGUUCUCCAUCCUCAGAUUCACGCAGGAAGCCGUCCUGCAUUGUAAUGUCACCAGCAGAGCAGCCAAACACAACUCUGCCGAUAAGGAAGUACUCUGCCACAGCACCAUGAACCAGUCUCUGUCUCUAAUCCUCAGGGCCAUCCGCUCAGCUGAGAGGCUGGUUUGCUUUGGCUUGGAUUUGUUUGAAAAUUACCCAAGUGAUGCAAAAUGA